CUUCUUCAUACACACAACCGCACUUAGGCAUUUUCCAAUCCUUGUUUCCCAAUCUCGUUCUAUAACAAUGGCAAAUAGGGCAUGUAAAGCUGGUGAUGCUUUUCAAACAGAAAAAAAAUUAGAAAAGAAAUAUGAGGAGGAGGAGAACCUUGGUACCCCUAAACGAAUAGCAGAAUGGAUAAAUACUGUUCUGGCAGAAGAGUUGUCUGUUAAAUGCACUGAUAUCUCCUACCAAGGCCUGCACAUUUUCCUCAAAGACGGUGUGGUACUUUGCAAGUUAAUUAAUAAGCUAUUGGAAAAUGAUGGCUUUCCGAAAGUAUCAUUUCGUUCUAAGGCUACUACGGCUUUCGUCGCGAUGAAUAAUAUCGAAAAUUUUAAUAAGGGAGCCUAUAAUUUUGGACUACCGGAAACAGCUCUCUUCCAGACAACUGACCUAUAUGAAGGCCGUAAAGGUCCAAUGCUAAAUGUUAUAAACUGCCUGAGCCAAAUGGGAAUGAUUGCGAAUGCUAAGGGCUUCGAGCCAAUUUUCAACACUGGACAAGCUCCAAAAGCAGAUUGGGCAAAGGACUAAGAUAGAUGAUGGCUUUCUGCGUUGGAUUUUCUAAAGAAUGUAGUUUAACGAAGGCAAUUAAAAAGUAGUUUAGUCUAAUUUAAUGUAAAUGAAUUAUAGAAAUAUCAAUACAAUUUUUUGAAGUUCCUUUGCUUAU